AUGGAUGAGGAAGAUGUGUUCAAAUGUCGAAUACAUUAUGUGAAUGAUAGUGAUCCAUUUGCAACUACUUCCACUUAUUAUUUGGAACCGAUGAGGCCUGUAACUUUCCAAUUUCGAUUACAUUCGUCUAUUGGAUUACAAAUCCCUGAAGUUAUAAGAACUCUUCGCGCACCACACAAGCCCGGAGAUUCCGCUUUACAAGUGUAUAAAGGAAGCGAAGGUGGUGGUGGUGAAUUCUUCACAUACUUAGAUGGUGAACUGACUCUCUUCGAGCAGCCGGAUGAAUUCGAAAUUCUGAAAAGUGACAGGCACGUUCUAUUUUAA